AUCAACAUGGCUAGCCCUAUGGCUUCUUUGCUUCAGAGAUUUGAUAAUUCUUCUCGACUUCUUAUCUGCACACUGAUGUCUGGACAACGGGGGGCCAUGGCCGCCUUUCGAACUCUUCAACGGUCACUCUCUGUGGAAAAAGGAAGACAACAUUUCAAUUGGCAGAUCUUCACUGAGAAACUGUGCUCUCAAGAACCAGUGCUUGAAGAGCCGAACAAGACUCUUACCAUGAAACCAAUAUUGAUGCUGCUUCCAGUGUUGUGCCAAAGAAAUCUCUUUUCCUUGUUGCUUAUCGUACAAUCUACAGUGCCAAAGGACUGCCUCAGCUGUCUGCUCCAGGCCUCUAGAAAAGAUCCCAAUCCAGAUUUAUGGGUACAGAGAUUAAGGGAUUUACUACAAGCAGGGAUGGAAGAGAGGAGCUUUUUGACCCCUGUCUUGCUAUCCAGCACAUGCCAACAGCAACUGAAGCAUUUAUGCCAGAAGAUUAUGACCCAUACUAGCAGCAAUGCUAAUUUAGAAAGAAAAUUAAACUGGUUGGUUAAACUGGAAAAUCCUUGCUUGGUGUCAGCUGGUAACACUUUUCAGUCUGGGUCUCAGAUUAGGAAAAAAAGAAAAGCAUCUGAAGAAUCUCUGAGUCUUGAAGAGGAGAAUCGGAGGAAGAGGUCCCAACUGGAAAUUAAUUUGGAAACAGAAGUUUCUCAACCACAGCCUGAACUGCAGGAUGUUGGAACAGAAAGCACUAAGAAUGAACUCGCACUGGACACUUUUGGAAAGGAAGCUAUUCACUGCCUAAGCAGCGUCAGUCAGUUUUCUUUCAAAGAAGAUGAAGUAGAAAAGAGAAUUGUUGGCCAGAGUUCCAAGCAUGACACUGCAACAGAGGUUCCUGGUCAUAUGAAAAACCAUGUAUCAAAACUUAAAGAAUUGCUAGAGAUGCAGUUUGAUUGUUCCAAUGGAACUGCCCCUCCUGAGCUACAGAUUCUAAAUGAAUGUACUCCAGAUCAGCUAGAAGAUUUAUGUUCACUGCUCAAACUCUCAGAAUGCCCAGAGACUGAGCUUCUGCAGUUCUGCUGCUGGAUAGUAGCACUUUCACCUGAACUUGGCUACAAGAAGGCAGCAAUACUUGCUGAAAAACUUUUCUUACCUCGGGUUCUUUCACUGACUGAGACACCAUCCUGGCCUUUCACAACUGCCCUGAUGAUGUUCUGCUCGAAAUAUCCUCGCCCAAUCUGUUGCACUUUAAUUUCUUCUAUUGUGCAAGUUCCAGGGCAAGGCCUUGAACAAUUGAGAUUGGUAUGCAAGCUAAUUGAGGAGUGUUUGGAACCAGAAUGUAUGAGGCUGGUAUUCAGUCAUAUUAUAAAAGUGCCAUGGACAGAAGACCUUCUCACAGUUGUGCAUUCUUUGCUAGAAAGACAGGUAGAAUUGUCUAGUGAGCUCUUCAAUGCAUUGGUCCUUAAUCUUUGUCAGAUGGCUCAAACGUUUGAAAGUUCGGUACAUUAUGCAAAGCUGAUCCUGGCUCUGUUGACCAAAUAUCAAAAUGAUAUCACAUUGGGUCACCAGCACCAUUUAUCAUGUGCCCUGGACCUUAACAAAACCAUCUUAAAGAAAUCUCUUCAGGCUGCGUUAAAGAGAGUGACUUCCAGGUGAAAAAUGUAAGGAGGCUUUCUUACUCCUGCAAUGGCUCUGGAAUCAAAUAUGCCUUCGGACUCUGGGACACCUCUGCUUAUUCUUUUUAUCAAUUUGCUCAAUGCAACUCAUACUUGUUAAGUUAAAAUUUAAAUAUGUUCAAAAUAGGUUAUGGAUUGGUAUGAGUUACCUUGAGGUAUGUAGCCUAUACAUUUUAUAAAUACAUAAAUAAAAUUUCAU